AUGGAUCUGGACCAGGCCAAGCUGCGGGCCUUGUCUCUGCUCAAAGACAGUCUGCUGCGGAGGAAGGACCAGGCCAUGCAGCGCUUUGAGACACACCAACAGCUCUGUGACCAGAUCAUCCAGGGACAGAGGCUCUUCAUCAGUGAGCACAGUUUACUGGUGCCUCCUCAGUUGCAGCAAUUUUAUGAUGUUUACACAAAAGAAGGCGACAACCGGCGAUUUGAGCGAGUGCUGGCUUUGGACACUGCACGGUUCACUGUCAAGGAGCGCUCUCUCCCAAAGAUCUCAGUCCCACUCCAGAGCCGAGUCCAGAAGCUAGACCAGGCCCCGGACCAGACCCUAGACCUGGAAUCGGACCAGGAGAGUGUGAGGACCGUGAUGCUGGAGUGUGGCCGAGAAAAGAGAACCAUAAAACAGCGGGAAUACUGCACUUCUCUUCGCGGGAAAAGUCAUCCAAACGCCGGACUAACGACUGGAGUGUCCCCGGGAGAAGUACCUCGACACUGGGCACGAGGCGACUGUUAA